UCAUAUAUAUAUAUACAUAUAAUAACGCCGCCCCAAAAGAGAAAGUAGGAAGACAGAGAGGGACAGAAGCCGAACCUCAAAGAAGCCAUGGGAAGAGCUCCUUGCUGUGACAAAGCCAACGUGAAGAAAGGGCCAUGGGCACCAGAAGAAGAUGCCAAGCUCAAGGCUUACAUCGAACAACAUGGCACCGGAGGCAACUGGAUCACACUCCCGCAGAAGAUCGGUCUUAAACGAUGUGGAAAAAGCUGCCGGCUCCGAUGGUUGAACUACCUCCGUCCGAACAUCAAGCACGGUGGAUUCUCCGAAGAAGAAGACAACAUCAUUUGUAACCUCUACAUAAGCAUCGGAAGCAGGUGGUCUAUCAUUGCAGCGCAGUUACCGGGCCGCACAGAUAAUGAUGUAAAGAACUACUGGAACACAAGGUUGAAGAAGAAGCUAUUGGGCAAGCAGCGGAAAGAACAGCAGGCGCGGAGAGCUUGUGGAGUAAAGCAAGAGCUGAAGAAUGGGAAUGUGAAUUUCAUGGCUGCUGCCGAAACCGCCAGCCAAACGCCAUAUUGGCCGGACCCGCCUGUCCCUGCUCCAUUGCCAUACCCUAACCAAGAUCCACAUACCAAUGAUCACUCAGCCAUCAGGAAGCUUCUGAUUAAGCUUGGGGGAAGGUUUUCAAAUGAUCAUCAGCAACCCAAUUGUGAUUUGGGAAAUUUCCAGUGCCCACUCGAUAUCACCGCUGGCCAACAUCUCUAUGAAAAUUCCAUCAAUUUGGUAUCCUCUUCGACGUCUGCGCAUUCCUACGCUGAUGCUUGUUCUUUGUUAUUUAGCACCCAACACAACAUCAACGACCCGGGCAUGCACGCAUCGUCAGAGGGUCUAAAUGGAAUUCCCCUCCAACUCGAUGAGCUGGUUUAUGGCAGUGGGCCACAUAAAUUAGAAGGCUUUGAUUGCUUCUAUGGAGUGAACAUGGUAGAUGACUGCAAUGGAACUUGUUCAGGUGAGACCACCAGUUGGGGUGACACGAGCACUUCGGUGUGCCCUCCACCAUUCUCCAACCAUGAGGGCUACCAACAAAGCAUGCUCCAUGACUGCACCACGGCCGAUGACUCAAGGUACUUUGCCGCCCGAUAACUGCACUGUACAUGGAUGGUGUAAAUUUGUACCAUUACUGAAAUCCGGGUCGGAUAGUCUAAAAAAAAAAAACCUGCUAAUAAGCUCACUCGGAGAUUUGUUCCCUUCACCCAUUCGAUUUCGUUUCACGCCCUCGGAUUUGUUUUAUUUCUAGAGUGAGUAAUUUGAACAUGUUGGAUUGGUCUUAUUCUUCUUUUCAUCUCAUUUCCUUGCAUUUU